AUGCAAGAAAUUCACAUCAAAGAAACCACUCCAAUUCACCCUUCUACACCUCCCUUCUCUCAAGACCAUACUCUUGCUCUCUCCCACCUUGACACUGACCGCAACCUCAAUGUCACAUUUCGCUACCUUCGUGUCUACGUUAACACCGCCACCAAUACCAACCACCCUUUCAAUGUCAUCGCGGCUGCGCUUUCCUCUGCUCUUGUCCACUACUAUCCUCUGGCUGCCACUCUCCGCCGCGGCCAGGUGGACAGCCAACAACUUAACUACCUUGAUGACUCGGACCCUGAUUUUGUGGACCGGUUAGUGCCCGACCCGGAUCAGGAUCAUGGGUUGGCUAACCCGUGUGUUCUCCAAGUCACUGUGUUCGAGUGCGGUGGAUGGACAUUGGGUACUUCCAUACACCAUUCUUUGUGUGAUGGGCUUGGGGCCACUCAAUUUUUUAACGUUAUGGCAGAGUUGGCACGUGGCGCGGGUCGGAUUUCAGUUAAUCCGGUUUGGGACCGGGUGGGCUUGUUGGGUCCGAGAGACCCUCCCCGAGCUGAUGGAGUUGUGAGGGAAUUUUUGGGCUUGGAGAAAGGGUUUGAACCGUACGGUCAGGUGUUUGGUAAGGUGGUUAGGGAGUGCUUUGAUGUGAAGGAUGAGUGGUUGGAGAAGUUCAAGAAGGUGGUGUUUGAGAAGAGUGGCUCUAGUUUUACCACGUUUGAGGCUUUGGGUGCAUUCAUAUGGCGGGCCAAGGUUAAAGCCUCACGAAUUCCAGGUGAUGAGAAUGUGAAGUUUGCUUAUUCAAUGAACAUACGAAAAGUAGUGAAGCCAUCAUUACCUGCUGGCUAUUGGGGCAAUGGUUGUGUUCCUAUGUAUGCACAACUUUGUGCCAAACAGCUAAUAGAGCAACCAAUUUGGAAAACAGCUGAGCUGAUUAAAAAGAGCAAAAUCAAUGCAACCGAUGAGUAUGUCCGUUCGUUCAUAGAUUUUCAAGAACUACAUUAUGGAGAUGGCAUUACAGCAGGAAACAGAGUGAGUGGGUUCACAGAUUGGAGACACUUGGGACAUUCAAGUGUGGAUUUUGGGUGGGGAGGUCCAGUUACAGUCUUGCCACUUUCAAGAAAAUUACUUGGGAGCGUAGAGCCUUGCUUUUUCUUGCCUUAUUCAUCUGCAAGUGGAGGCAAGAAGGAUGGGUUCAAGGUGUUGGUGACCUUGCAAGAAACAUUCAUGGCUGCCUUCAGGAAAGAGAUGGAGAAAUUUAGAAGCCAAGAAUUUGACUUGUCUUGA